CAACAAAAGGUCUGUUUAGUACAAGACAGACGUUAGCAAACAGACGACAAAGACGAUGCAAAAAGAAUCACAAACUGUUCUCUAUGCCUAAGAGGCCAGCUUCCAUUCAAUUAGAUUAUUGGAAAAUGCCAAACGUAAUCUUCGAUGAGGAUGAUGAAUCACCGGAUAAUUGAGGGCCCUCUUUAUAUAUUGAAUACUCCCACCUAAGAUAUCAAGCUGAUUAUCUCCACCUGGUGAAGAUGGCUUUAUUACCUCUACUGUUACUUUUCUUAGUUUUUGUAGUUUCAGCUUUCCUGCUACAGAAAUGGAGUGCUCCCAAGGCAAUGGAGAGGAUCCCCGGAAGCCUUGGCUGGCCGGUGGUCGGAGAAAGUUUCCCUUUCCUGUCCGAUUUUUCAAGCCCGGCUGGGAUAUUUAGCUUUAUGCAGAAGAGACAGCAAAGAUAUGGAAAAGUGUUCAAAAGCUAUGUUCUUGGAAGAUUUACUGUGUUCAUGACUGGUAGAGAAGCAAGCAAGAUUCUGCUAACAGGUAAAGAUGGGUUAGUGAGCUUAAAUCUCUUCUACACUGGGAAGCAGGUCCUCGGCCCGACGAGCUUGCUUACGCAGAGCGGUGAAGCGCACAAGAGACUCCGCCGACUGAUUGCCGAGCCAUUGUCGGUCGACGGCAUGAAACGGUACUUUCCGUUUAUCAACAGCCUUGCAGUGGAGACUUUCGAUCGUUGGAGCUGCGGGCAAAAAGUGAUGGUUCUGGAAGAAGCCUCCACGUUUACGUUGAAGGUAAUAGGCCACAUGAUAAUGAGCCUGAAGCCGACGGGGGAUGAGCAAGAAAAGUUCAGAUCGAAUUUCAAAAUCAUCUCUUCUUGCUUUGCAUCUCUGCCGUUCAAAAUCCCGGGAACUGCUUUUUAUCGCGGCAUUAAGGCUCGAGAUAGGAUGUAUGCGAUGUUCGACUCUAUCAUUGCGCAGCGGCGAAAGGGCGAAGGAUUCCAGCAGGAUUUCCUCGAAUCCCUGUUGAAGAAACACAGUAAAGACAGGUCCGAGGAGAAAGACGACGAGGAUGAUAAUAAGCUUACGGACAAUCAGUUGAAGGACAACAUAUUAACCUUGUUGGUUGCUGGUCAUGACACGACUACUGCUGCCUUAACAUGGAUUGUCAAAUUUCUCGAAGAAAAUCCUUCUGUGUUGGAGUGUCUAAGAGAAGAGCAUCUGAAGAUCAAAAAUAGCAGAGAUGAAGGCUCAAACCUCACCUGGACAGAAGUGAACAACAUGCCUUACACCGCUAAAGUCAUCAGCGAAACGCUAAGGCGCGCAACGAUUCUCCCAUGGUAUUCAAGAAAAGCUGCGCAAGACUUCGACAUUGAUGGAUACAAGAUUCAAAAGGGGUGGUCUGUAAACCUGGAUGUUGUGUCCAUCCACCACGAUCCGGAGAUCUUUCCCAAUCCAGAGAAAUUCGAUCCUUCGAGAUUCGAUGAGCCAUUGAAACCUUUCAGCUUUCUUGGAUUCGGAAGCGGGCCGAGGAUGUGCCCCGGGAUCAACCUCGCCAAACUCGAAAUCUGUGUCUUUAUUCACCACUUGGUCUGCAAAUACAGGUGGAGGGCCCUGGAGAAAGAUGAUGCUGUCCAGCCAACACUUGUUCGAAUGCCCAAGAACAAGUACCCUAUCAUGAUCGACCCUCUCUAAAUUAAAGAAAUUCCUGCAUAUAUAUAUAUAUAUAUAUAUAUGUAUGUAAAAUCUGGAUUUAAUGAAACUAAUCACUAGCCACGAGGCGAGUGAUAUAUAUGAUCUAUGUUGGCAAUGGCGGAACCAGGUUUCGAUUAAAAAAAAAAAAAAUAGAAAAAAAGAAAAAAGAAUUAAUUUUCCAUACCAACUGCAUAUAAAUAUCUACUUAAC